AAUAAACGGGUAUUAAGUUUUUUUAUUGCGCAUGAAAUAGCUCACGAUCCCCUUGGGGUUUAGUAACAAUCGGAGUGCAUAGACAUCAAUUGCCUAAAUGCCACUACUCAACUUGAGACAUGAGGCUUAAGUCUCAAUUUAAGUCGGAAUAGCCAAAGUGGUCACACCUACCCGUGCGGACAAGAUGCCCUACCACUAGUAACUACGCAACAGUAAACAGUAAAAUAUGAUUUUUGUCUUUUAUAAUUAUUCCUCCAUCCAGUCAUUUGUGAACAUUAAUUACGUAUGUAUUUAAUUAUAAAAAUGUAUACUAGUCUGCGGCAUUUAACACAUAUCGCUCUAUACAAGUACACACGGCGCCUUAUCCUUUAUGCCACGAUGACGUCAAAACUUGUUUUCGAACAAAACGAAAUGCAAGAGUUACUUUCACCAUACCAAGUGAAAUCUCUCUAGCAUGUAGUGUAUUUUUAUAGUUUAUUUAUUUAGAAUAUAUUUGAACAUGUUCACCUAGCGAUAUUUUAUCGCGUUUUUUGAUAGCAGAAAGACCCUUUUUCCAAAAAAAUAUUUUUAUUAAUGAUGUUUUUUAAUAAUUGUAAAAUCACUGAUGUACUUUUUACUCUGUCAAUAAGUCUAUUAUGUCAAAUAAAUAACUAAAUUUUAGACAUAAGUCUUUGAAGUAAACUAGCUACAAUUUUCAUUUAUUUGUAUGAAUUACAACAUUCUGAUAUAAUUGAUUAAUUAGGUAAAAUGUUAAAAAAACAAUGCCAAACUUCGAGUGGGGGCCAAGGAAACUUCGGUUUAUUUAUCGAUAGGCAACCAAAAAUUUUUGCAGCUGGUAAAACAAGUAGACAUUCAGAUAAAAUUCAAGAUUGUAUAAAAAAAUACGGCUUACAGGAUGAAGUAGAAGCUCUUCAACGUGACACAAUAUUUCCUCAACAAAAAACAAAUCGUCUACCACCUUUACGACAUCCACCAAAAUUAGAUAUGCGGAAUGCUGGUCCUUUCAGUGAAGCAGCCCAGCUUUUAAAUCCACCAGUCAAAACAAAAUUUCAAACGCUCGUUGAGGACUUUAAAAAUACAGCUUAUAAUUCUUACUGGAGAAAAGAGGUUGGUACAAUUCCGGAUCCAACUCCAAUGCUACCAGAAGGUUAUGACAUUUACAAGAAUGCACUCGGUGAAAAAGUUCCAUUACGUGAACGACUUUAUGACGUUGUUUUACCGUCAGAGCCUGUAACUGAUAUUAUAAACGCAACAAAAGGUCCAGGGGUUCAAACCAAUCGAAAAUAUUGCCGACCAGCUUACGACCAUAAAAAAACUUAUGGGAAAUAUUCAAACAAAACUAGCUAUGAAUCAGGAGUAAAACGUUGUCUUACUGAUGAAAAAAUCCUUGAGGGAAGCGCUUUAAGACGACCACUUAACUAUAUUCAUGCCGAUUUUGUGAAGGCUAACAGAGCCUGUCUAGGAACAUAUUCUGCACCGAAUGAAAAUAUUAAAUGUGUUCCUGAGAAUUUUACCUUUGGUAAAACCGAACCUACGUCGGAUAAAACUCAAGAGUGGUCGUCAAUGUGCGAUAUUAAUCCAGAAAAUGAGCUUAUAAGGAAAUGUCUUGGUCAUUUAAACACUUUGCGGAAAUGCCUUUCUAAGCGCUACGAUUCCAAUUUUUUUAGAGAUAUCAAUUUAAGAUUGAAAUAUUUAGAUAAGACUAAAACUGGAUGGCUUCCCAAGGAAGUCGUUUAUAAUUAUUGUAGAACUAAGCUCAUACGAUUUGAUCCAUAUUUCGUUGAACCGUUAUUAAGAAUAUGGAAAGCUUUUGACGGUGAAAAUAUAGAAUAUAAAAAAUUUGUAAACAUUAUCAAUUAUCAAAAGCCGUCUCCUGAACUCCCAAAGAUACAACUUUUCUCAAGAGACUGUUUAGAUUUCCGUACAACUUAUACAGAUAUGGUAAGCUAUGAGCAUCAAAAUACGUCGUCGAUGGGAGGAGUUCCAUCAGGAAGAUAUAUUGAUUUAGAUUUUCCGGUAACGCCGGCAGGAUACUGCAAAGCAGAUAGAUUCCACCUUCCCGAAGAAUCUUGUAUGAAAGCCUGUUUGAAUCCAUCUGUGCUCUCUCAUUUUGGAAUAAGUCAUCGUGACAUGUACACAAAACGCGAUAAGGAUGUCGUCAGAAAAGUUUUUGAAGCAGCAGGGGAAAAAUUUACAGAUGAAAAUUUCAAUGAGAUUUGGAACGAAGCUAAGAGAUGUCAUAGUCAAGGAGAAGUGUGUCUUCAAUCGUUUCGAAAUGCCCUAAAGAAUUUUAACUGUCCUAAAAUAGAUAGAACAUACCGUUAGCUUAGAGUAUAAUUUAGUAGAUUAGAAACGAGUAAUUUGGUUAAUAAAAAAUAUAUUAAUUAAAUAUUUAUUAUAUGUAAGUAUAUAUAUAUAUUGACUGCAAUGGUUUAAAGGGCGGAUAGGAGAACCAUUGUAUAGUAAAAUUGAGGCUUCGGCCACAUGUCUCAAAUUGGAUAACGGCGUUCGCGUUAUGUUAUGUUACGUUAUGAUGUCUAUGGGCAGCAGCGACCACUUAACACCAAGCUGUAUUAAUACUAGUAAUGCAUUAAAAAAUAUAAAUCU